UUAUUAAACCACGGGGGACCCUUGCUUCGAGGACGGGACUGCUUGAUCGGAACGGAUGCAGAGAUGGAAACGGAUGCAGAUUAUAUGAGUUAUAAUGAAAUGUUCAUUUUAUUUCGUUAAAAAUUUUGCAUCGUAAACAAACAAAUGCCAUAUUUCCUUUUUAUUUUCCCAUUAUUUUUCGAAAUAAAUUUCGAAAGCGAAAGCCAUAUGUAGCUCUCAACCAAAUGGCUCUCACUGUACGCUUUUCAAAUGAUAGCUAGUUAACUAAAGAUACAUAAUUAGUUUGCUGUACGAUAUAAGCUUUGUGCUUUCGCUGCCAGAUCGUAUUAUAGCAUAUAUUUUAUCAGCAGGGCUCUACUAAUAAUUUGUUAAUAUUGCUCAAUUAUGGAAUUGGAAGAUGAAAUGCUCGAGGAACAUUUAGAUGAAGAACACCAAGGCAUGAAUAUCGAUGAAGAGCUCAAUAAACUAGAGCUUAAAAUCAACAAUUGCGAGCAAAGCAUUUGCAAAUCGGACAAACGUGGAAAGCAAGAAUUGGCUUUAACUCUAUUGAAAAUGCAUUUAUAUAAUUUUCAAUUUUUGGUUAUAACUAAAAAACGCAAAGCCCAGCAGAGGUGGAGGCGCAGACAAACAAUGUUGCGGAAUUUUGUUAUACAGAUGUUGUGGGAAAAGGAAAUGAAUAGUUUGCAAACCUUACCCAUGAUAAUAAGCCCGCAAAUCUUAUUCCGAAACAGUAAUGCAACAAAACCACUAGAAAAGAAGCGCCGGGAUUACUUUGAAGAUAUGCUAUAUUCAUUUACAGACGAACAAUGGCUAAAUACCCUUCAUCUAUCUAAAAACACUUUCUCAAUGCUGUGUGAAAGACUGAAACAAGUCACUGACAAGGCCGAAGUAAGUCGGUCUCUAGGAAAACGUAUAUUUAUAGCUUUAUACACCUUUUCAACUGGCACCAACUUCCAUUACCUUGCUUCAUUAUUCAACGUAUCACUAGUCGAAAUCCGCGAAAUAUUAAAAUGGUUUGUUAAAACUUUUCUGAAGCAGAUGGGCUCGAGUUUAUUAGUUAUGCCUAGUGAAGAUCAAGAGUAUCUAGAAAUACGGACGGCUUUUCAACAGGCUUCGUAUAUGCCGCCGGUAGCAGUAGGAGUCUUAAGCAUAUUUGAGCUGUCUGUUGAUGGCAAAAGAAUCGGAGCGAAAGUCCAAGGUAACGAUCGCGUCAUCGUCCAGGUUAUUAUUGAUGAUCGCCUGCUAUUUCGCAAGGUUGAGAUCGCUGGGAAUAAACCCUCGCUGCUCUUACGUAACAAUUCCGAAGUGAAUUGUAUAAGAUGGCCUAAAAUAUUUGGUAGAUCUGUCUCCUGUUUUGUGGCCGCACCCAAAGACUAUCCUUUACGCACUUGGCUAAUGAAAUCGUAUGAUAACCCCAAAAAAUCUUACGAAUUCGACUUUAACGAAGCAAUGGACAAUUUGUAUAUAUUUCCGGAUGUUGCUUUACAGCGCCUGUUCGGUCGUUGGAAGAUUUUGUCAUGUUCGGAAUUUAUUGAAUCCCAACUUAAGGGUAAUAUUGCGAAAGUAUGUUGCGCGCUACACAAUUUGCUCGAAGAAAUUGAAGAAUUCUACGACGAUAAUUGGUUGGGGAAUAUGGACAUUUCAAAAUAUUCAUACACCUUCAGAUCGCAAUUAACACAAUAUUACGAUGAUUGCAAAGAAGCAUUAGAAAUGCGGGACUUUUUGGCGCGCUGCAUAGGAUGGAGUCAAAAAUUGGACGAGUGAAAAAGCUAUACGUUUUACAUUAUUUUUAAUUACUUUUGAUUAGGUCAGAAAGUAAACUGAAGCAAAUCAAAAAUUUUGGACAAACACUUUAUUAUUCGUCGAUAUGAAAUUUAUAUAGUGAAUUUUUUGGAACAGCCGGAAAGCAUCGAAAACGAUGAAUUCUGCUCGGGUCUCAUUGCCAAAAAAGUGUAUAUUUUCGCGUAUUUUAUUUACAAAAAAAACCAUUCAAUUGUUAACAUUAUCUAUGAUAGUUUGGUAAUCCAUUCCAAUAUUCAAAUUGAGCUGAUUUCUGCCAAGUGUCAGCCCACUUAGCAAUCACAUCUUCUACUUAUAAGAAAUAAUACGUCGGCGAAAUUUUACGCACAACGACGCGGAACCACACAGUGAUUAGAAAACAGUUUUCAAUCGUAUGUGAAUUAAACAUGUGCAAUGGACCGAAUUGCGAAACGCAUUUGAACCAUUCUUGAAGAAAUUGAUAAGGUGCGGUAAAAAAAAUGGCAAUAACAGGGGAUUCGUCAUUACAGAUUCCUUUAAGCCAGCCAGACAGUUAAUUCUACUCUUUAAUGUUAAAAACUAAGGCAAUUGCAGCACGAAACAGCGGCGAAGAGUCAGUCCAGAAUGGAGCAAUCGCAAAAAGCGUAGUCAUUCUUCAUGAUAAUGCUAGACCGAGCACAUCUUUAAUGAUUCAGUAAUAACGGAGAAAAUUGCAUUAGGAGCUUUUGACGCACUCAAAAUGACUUGGAACUUUCCUCGUUGGACUACCAUCUGUUUCGCCCCUGCAAACAUCUUUCCGGCAACUUCAACUACAUUGAUGAGAUAAUCGUUCUGUUAAAAUAUUUGCCCAAGAGAUUUUCAAUGAAAAUGAUGCAUGUUUGGUUUAAUAAAGUACAAUUUUAAUAAAAUGUGUACGAGUCUUGCGAAAAAAAAAGCGAAAUAGGAAUUAUUUUCCAUAGUCUAUCUAUUACACAUGUACAGGAUUUGUUUGUUAUUCUUAA